AUGUUCGACCAGCUGCAAGCCUGUGUUCACACUUUGCUUCAGGAUGGCAAUUGGAAAGCUGGCGCCAUCGUGAGAUUGGACAAUGCCCUGACUCGAUGUUCAGCUGCUGAUGUUGCAAUCAAUUUCCACAUGCUUCGACCCAUCAUAUCGUUCAGCUCCGACAAAGUUCCGUCUGGCUAUUUCCUCACAGAUUGCAUCUUGAGGUUGGACAAGCUGUUCCAGGAGAAGAUGUUGGUCGGCGGCCAGUCAAAGCUGCAACUGAAGAAGUUGGUUGGGGCUGAAGAAGUUGGUUGGGGCUGUGCGAGCGCUUUGGCGAUCCUCCCCUGCAGGGAAUCACCCUCGCGUAUCAGAGCUGAAAAACAUGUUGAGGCCUUCCCCGAACAAGCGACGGCGCGCCGUUACUAG